AUGUCUACAGAGACCUUCCCGAUCUUCAACCUCCCCGAGGAGCUCGUGCUCGCAAUCGCCGACAAAAUGGACGAUAAAGACCUCUCCAUAUUCCAACAAACAUCCAAGGUCUCCAAUCGUGUGGGUCAAAUCUCCCUUUACAAGAGGCUGUCCCACGACGAGAUACGCCGGCUGUUCAAGUGGGCGUCGUGGAAGAGCCGCCUGCCAACAAUGCUCCAGGUCAUUCAGCACAACCGUGCCUUUCUGGCUAAGAACCCCGAUCUUGCAUCUGAAGCCCUCUAUUUUGCUUGUCAUGGUGCCUACGAUUCCGUUAUAACCGCCUUGCUGGAUGCGGGCGUUCCCCCGCAGACAAAAGCGCGCGAGUACGUACCUCUUGAACUAGCGGCUAUGCACGGCCAUCUCGACAUUAUGAACAUCCUGCUUGCCGCGGGUGCAAAGCUAGAAGCUACCAGUUUCGCUGACAGGUACACGAUUCUAUGUACGGGGAAGCCAAACCGCUUGCCCGUGGCGAAGCAGCUUGUCCAGCUCGGGUUCGACGUGACUCAGCUCGACAAGGAAGGAAACAGCUUUCUGCACGAGGCAUGCAGGACCAUUUCGGGGUUCUCACGCACCCGGUUUGACUGCGACCUCCUCCUGGAGCUGGGGCUUGACAUCAACGCCCGGAAUGCCCGCGGCGAAACACCCUUGAUCCAGGCCAUGUCGUCUCGGGAUGGUGAUGGCUCCAUGGUGCGCUUCUUGCUCUCUCGCGGCGCGGACGUCAACAUUGCGACGCCCCGUGGCUGGUGCCCUCUGAAGUUCUCGGUGCUGGAUGGCAAGACAGACUCGCUUGAGACUGUAUUGAAGGCCGGUGCCCGGAUGGACGAGACCCUGGGUCUGUCCAUCAUCGCCCGGACGCUGGCGAUGGACUGGGUACAUGGCCUGACUCUUUUACUCAGGGCGUGGAAGGCGCAAAUGGCCACGGUGAGCUGCGCACAGCCGGAGAUCCUCUUCUGCGCAGCGGCUCGUGUGGGCGAUUUCGAUUUACUGCGCGAACUCCUGCAGAAGGGCGAGGUGGACCCGGACGGAGCGCCGGCUAGGACUACGGCGAUCACUGCAGCUGCAGCCAGGGACACACCCGAUGUUCUGGAGUUCCUCAUGCCGCACGUUUCCUGCUACGACUUUGUCGACUUUCGCGGGCAUACUGCCCUGGAAAUUGCGAUUGACGGCGGUUCCGACGAGAUGGUGCGCCUCUUGCUCCCACACACCAGUUCAGUGGCUGGACUCCUCGUUGAUGCCGUGCGUAAGCUGAAAGCUAAUACGGUCAAGAUGAUCCUCGACCGCAUCACAGAUGACGGAAGCACACACACAGGACCUAUCAUGCCAUGGGAGCGUCUCGUUGUCGAUCCCGUGACGCAUGAGAAGCGCCGUCCAACUUUUACAGAAGACACUGCUUCAGUCGCUUUAGCCGCAGCAGUCGAUCUGCGCAAGCUCGAGACAGUGCAGCUUCUCCUGGGACGGCCCAACUGCGUUCCCAGGCCGUGUUUACACAACGACCUGUUGCACCGGGCACUGUUAGACAACAACGACAACGAACACAUCGCACUGGCACUCAUUGACUGGGACACCUCACUCGUGGACCCUGAACCCGUGCAACGGCGCUCCAGCCCGCUGCUACUGGCUGCGAGGAACGGCAACACAAAGGCCGUCUCCGCGAUGCUCGCCAAAGGCACAGACCCCAACACCAAGGACGAGUCCGAGGCCACGGCCCUGACGCUGGCUGUCUACCAUAAUCAUCCCGACCUUGUUCGAGUCCUCCUUGCAGCCGGGGCUAAGACGUCCGAUCCAAUUCACAUCGUGGACCCCGCUGAGCUUAGCGACUAUAAGUGGGCUACUCUCACACGGCCUUGCCAGAGGCCCGCAGAGAGUCUUUUCAUCCAUGCAGCUUCGCACGGAUAUCUCGAGAUCUUCAAGCUGUUGAUGCCGCAUUUUGAGGCGGACAUCACCAAACCCCUGCCCGUGGAGCUGAGGAACCGCGCCAAUGCCUUGCAACUUGCUGCUGCGGGUGGUCACUUGGAUGUCGUCACGGCUUUGCUUGAGACGAAGAAGUUUGAUCUCCACUAUAAGGAUCUCAAGGGUAAGACUGCUAGGGAUUACGCGAACCGCUCAGGUCGGCCUCUGCCCAAGGAGAUCCUGCAGCAACUUUCUGUCUCACUUCCUGUUCUCAAAUCAAACAGGACAUAA